UUACAAGCAGUGAACUGCAAUCAAAAGAGAAAGUCCUAAAGUGCAUAUUCGACAAAACGAAGAUCACACUUAAUAAGUUGGUGGAAAUGAUUUUAUCACGCCAAGCACAAUACAUAAAUAAAAAAUGAGUGACGUAGUUUUUGCGCUCUAUCAACUACAAACGAUGUUUGCGCAAUUUGUUUUGCGUGCUUGAUCUACAUAUAAGAAAACUCCCUUAAAAAGGGCACGAGCGAAUCUCCAAUGCACGUAUCACUUGUGCAGCAGCAUCACCAUCAGGCGAAAUGUUGCAAUUUUUAAAGAAGACAGGUCGGAGGCAAUCUGGCGUAGGUAACGGUGACACAGGCAGCACCACAAUAACCCUCGUAGGACAGGAUUUAAUGGCAAAAUCCGAGCAAAAAAAAUCGGAUGAUGUCAUCGAUGAUGUUCGAUCACCAGAAAACGACGCGGAAGCGCUUUGUUUAGCAGAAAGGAAAUGCUUCGAAAAAAGAGACGGUCCUGUACGCGUGUCAAAGCUAUCUCGACGAAUGGCAGAUAUUCUAGCUGAACAGAGCUGCAUGUUCUACUUUGUUCAGUAUAUGGAGUCAAAAAAGGGUCUUGCCUUAGUUAAAUUCUGGUUGGAUAUCGAAAGUUUCAAAGCAGCGGCAUUUGAAACUGACUGUUCAAAAAAAGCAGGUACUGUUGGAUAUCAUAUUCCAACACGAUUGCAACGAAGCGUCUCGUCCGACGGUUACGAUACUAUAUCAUACCUCAGUGCAGACUGCGACUCACUAUCGACAAACUCGUUCUCAGAAAACAUAUUUGACGAUACAUACUCGACCGAUGACGUGCGAGAGAUGGACUCCCGGACGCCACAAACAUACCCUUCUAUGCCUACAAUGGCCCUGCAGGUUGUGCAGGAGGUCGAUAAUAGAGAAGAAACCUGCACCGUUAGAUAUAACCGACAACAGCUGAUGGUUCAAGAGAAGUUGGUGAAAAAGUUAGAAGUCUGUGAUAUGGCAAUAAUGCGGCAAUCUUUAACCGAUGAUGAAAAGAAACAAAUGUGUGAAGCCGGAAAGGAAAUAGCCGGGGAAUCGUCGUCAUCAAUGGCGCCAAGCGCUAGCGAUGUUUUUAACUCAUUAAUCAACUCUGAUGCAGUACGGAUCUACAAAAAGUAUUUGAUUACCAACUCGAUACACCAUGUAGAAGUGCCAGCCACCAUAUUGUCCACCAUCUCUCUGACUUUGUGCAAUGGUGCCUGCAGUGGAAUAAUUUUCAACGAGUUACAACAGUAUCUAUUGCAGCAACUAGAACAAAAUUAUUUGAAUCUGUUCUUGGAGAGCUCGUACUAUUGCAAAUAUACGCUAGAGGUGUUGACUAGCGAAAACCUUACUCUCAUUGAUAUUUUGGGCAGUGAAAUGGCACUGUUCUACUUUAUGGAAUAUCUUGAACAGCACAAAAAGCGACACUAUUUAGAGUGCUACGUGGCAGCGGUGAAUUUCAAACGGUCCUUUGAAAAUAAAGCCCAAGCUCAAAAGGAUGCGGUGGUCCUUUAUGAAAAAUAUUUUUCUCUUCAAGCCACAAGCUCGCUGGGAUUAAGCGAUAAUGUCAGACUCAUACUCGAAGAACACAUCUGCUCAGCAGAUCCUACUAAUAUAGCCGUCUGUUUCGAGUUGCCGAUGCAAAUCAUAGAGCGUUUCCUUGAGCAACGCUACUUUUCUGGUUUUAUCAAAUCCACACUAUAUAGUCGGUUUAUCAAUGAAAUGCUAGGAAAAGUUAAAACAAAUUCAAAUGUCUGCCAUAGCGGAUCCCUGGAAAGUAAUAGAAACUUCGAAUCAAAAGAACUAAUUGAACGUAAAGGUCACCGAAAAACUUUGUCGGAUGUUUCAAGCGAUAGUAGCAUUGGUGGAAAGCGAGGAAAUGCGAGGACAUCCAUUUCAUCUAAAAACACAUUAUUGGCAAUGUCCGAUACAAGCUUACAACGUAAUCGGAAACAUCUGGUAACUACUACAUUGGUAGGUUCCAUGAAUAUGCCUGAAUAUGGGACAGGUAUGUCGGGAUCUACCAGUACCAUUGAUAUAAUGCAGAUCGACUCUCGAGAACUAAAUAAUCCUGAUCUAUUAUGGCGACGAAAUUCUGCUGCGAUCGGCUUAUCUUUCGGACGAGUUGAUGCUCUAGGAAGGUACGAACGAGACUUCGAUAUUGCAGGACCGCCUUUGAGUGAUGAUCGGUGGAAUCGUAAUAAAAUUAAAAAGGCAGUUCGCAAGCUGGUAAACCUCCCAGAAGAUAAAGCACAGGAAGAAUUAGCUUGGCAAGUAGCUGAGAUGAUUGUCAAAGACAUUACUAGUGUUACCAUGAACAAAACUACGUGAUUAGGAAUUAUCUCUCUUCUAUUUACCGUUAACAGAUGAAGUAGUGCAUAUUAAUCAAGCGUAUUUAAUUAUACUUAAUGGCGCAAUGGCACGUAAUCGCAUUGCGUAUUUCAUUGUCCUCCAGUCCUCGAUUGAUGGGAAAUAGGAAAUACUGAUUUUUUACUCCUGAGGGUUUCUCGGAACUUAUAAUACAUUAGUUUGAAAAGCAAUGCAGAUUGGUGCUUUUUAAAUAUUCAAAAAGAGCGGAUGUUUAUUUUGUAAAAAAACGGUACAUACAAUUAUUGCGAAACGAUAACGAGCAUAAGAACACUUGGUACAUGGGAACACAUGACAAUGGAUAAAAGUAUGCUCCAUGGUUGUCUCAAUGUCUUAAAACCCAUUGUAAUGUAUCGUUUCGCUAUUACUAAGUAAAAACAGUUUAUUUGUAGGUUUAUACUUAAUAAAUCGAAAUAAACACAAAUAUAUAUUAAAUUGUGAUCUACAUAUUUGGAAAAUUAGUUCCGUAGUAUUUCCCUACUAGCGUUAGAACAGAACCUUACGAAAAGAAUAAAAGUACCAAUCAUUUUAUAAGUCAAUAAGAAUUGUCGAAGUUGGUAUUAAAGAUAAAAUGACAAACUAUUACGUUCAAAGCAGAUUCAUUAUUGUCCAAGUUGUAUUCUUAUUUCAGCAAAA